AUGGUUAUAUGCAAUUCAAAACAAUCUGAUGAUGAUCUUGUUCAUUUGAUUCUCUUCACAAAUCAUUGUGUCUUCGAUGGUCGAAGUGGAUUUAUUCUUAUCAAUGACUUUUUGUCUUUGGCCACUGAUUCGAAUCUACUUACGAUAUCGGAGCCACUAAAUAACGAAAUUCUUCCAUUGAUUGAUCAAAUGAUUCCACAUCCAAAUAGUCUCUUCUAUCCAUUCAAGUCAUUCAUUGUUAAGCAACUUUUCAAGCGUCAAUUACAUCAACAAGUGCAGUUACGCAUUCCUGUGAAAGUGAUCCCUCAUCUCGAUUGUAAACCAUCAAAAUUUCAUGUUCAACGGUACAAAAUCAAAUUUUUAUUUGCUUCAAGUUCCUUCGAUCUUUAUUCAAAUUUAUAUGAACAAUGUCGUUUGCAAGAAGUGACAUUAAAUGGUCCACUCUUCGGUUGUCUCUUAUUAGCUGUUCAUCAUUGUUUUCCACUCGGCGAUAAUACUCGACUGAAGCCGUUUGACAUUGGUGUGACUUUUGAUAUGCGUUCGCGUCUGCCUCAAUCCCCUCUUACAACAUCGUCAAUUGGUUACUUUGUUACUGGAAGCGGAGCCAGACUGAGUCAAUCAUUGUCGAUUCAAUCGACUCGAUUUUGGUCAUUGGCACAUCAAUGUAUGAUAAAUACUCGAAAUCAAUUGAAGCUACGUAGCAUUUCUUUCACAAUGAAUGUUCUCAAUGAUAUAUUUGAACGUGAAAGUGAUUUCGAUCGAUUUACUCGACUCUUUCCGGAAGGACGCCAAGCUGAAUUGGCCUUUUCAAAUAUUGGCAAAUAUUCGUUUCCAUGUGAGUACAAUCAGGGUAAAUUACGAUUACGAGGUUUACAUGUAAUUAACAAUGCCAGUGUCUAUCGUGUUUCAACAACUAUGUUUGUGACUUGUGCUGGUGAUGGUCAAUUGGAUUUUUCACUUGCACAUGAAAUGGAAAGUGAUGAGAAAGCCAAAGAAUUUCUCGACUAUUAUGUGCGUCUAAUUGAAACAUGUGCGAAAAAGAAAUCUUGUAAAAGUGAAACAACUCUUGGUCAACUGUUGAAAUUAGUUGAAUCACGUUAA